UAAUUAUUAAUGAGAUUUUUAUUUUAUUUAUUCAGCUCGGUGUCACUCCAGUAAAAAGUACAUAUUGUCAUCCAGAAAUUAAAAUAUUCCAGGGUUUUCUCCUGAAAUUCAUCACCACCAACAACCAGGAUAUUUAAAUAAGAGCAAUGUUAAACUGCUGAAAGAGGUGAAGCACAAGACAUCCUGAAGAAUCUCCAGAACACGCAGAAAUUGCUUGAUACUUUUAACAGACAAACAAAGCAAAGUCCCGACAUGGAGAAACAUCACCAGCGCAUUCACACAGAGAAACCGUAUCACUGCUCAGACUGUGGGAAGAGUUUUAAUCAAGAGGGUCAUCUCAAAAAACACCAGCGCAUUCACACUGGAGUAAAACCGUAUCACUGCUCAGACUGUGGGAAGAGUUUUACUAAACAGAGUAAUCUCAAACUGCACCAGCGCAUUCACACAGGAGAGAAACCAUAUCACUGCUCAGACUGUGGGAAGAGUUUUACUGCACUAAAUUCUCUCAAAAUACACCAGCGCAUUCACACAGGAGAGAAACCGUAUCACUGCUCAGACUGUGGGAAGAGUUUUACUAAACAGAGUAAUCUCAAAAUUCACCAGCGCAUUCACACAGGAGAGAAACCGUAUCACUGCUCAGACUGUGGGAAGAGUUUUACUAUACAGAGUAAUCUCAAAAUUCACCAGCGCAUUCACACAGGAGAGAAACCGUAUCACUGCUCAGACUGUGGGAAGAGUUUUACUAAACAUAGUACUUUCAAAAUUCACCAGCGCAUUCACACUGGAGAGAAACCGUAUCACUGCUCAGACUGUGGGAAGAGUUUUACUAAACAUAGUACUUUCAAAAUUCACCAGCGCAUUCACACAGGAGAGAAACCGUAUCACUGCUCAGACUGUGGGAAGAGUUUUAAUCGACACAGUCAUCUCAGACUGCACCAGCGCAUUCACACAGGAGAGAAACCGUAUCACUGCUCAGACUGUGGGAAGAGGUUUAAUCAACAGGGUGAUCUCAAAAAACACCAGCGCAUUCACACAGGAGAGAAACCGUAUCACUGCUCAGACUGUGGGAAGAGGUUUAAUCAACAGGGUCAUUUCAAAAUUCACCAGCGCAUUCACACAGGAGAGAAACCGUAUCACUGCUCAGACUGUGGGAAGAGUUUUAUUAAACAGAGUGAUCUCAAGAAACACCAGCGCAUUCACACAGGAGUGAAACCAUAUCACUGCUCAGACUGUGGGAAGAGUUUUAACCAACUGAAUCAUCUUAAAAAUCACCAGUGCAUUCACACAGAAAUGUAUCCCAGAUGUAUUCCACUGCAAUAAAAAGUGCAAAUUCUAAAUCUUUGACAGCCAAAACACCUUAUUUCACGCAAAACCUUCACUCUGUCACUUGAGACACAUUCCAACAGAAACAAACAAGAACUGAAUUUAACAAUGUCAUUUACAUGUUCAGCAAAAUUAAUCAUAUUUGGGCAUGUUGUUUAAUGUAUUCCAUGAUAUGUUUUCCCCAGACAUGUAUAUGUAUAAAGACAUAUAUAAAGAACUAGAGACCCAUAUUUAAGUACUCUAUCAAAAAAAAAAAUAUUUGUGUAGUAGUUGAAGUGUUCUUUAAGCAUCAUACUUAAGUACUAAAGUAUUCAACAUUCUGUGUUCUAAUUCAAGGAUUCAAGGAGAUUUUAUUGUCAUUCGCAUCACGUGGUACAUGAGGUGGAACAAAAUUGUGAUCUUACGAUCCAGUUUACACCCAAGAGCUGUUGUUAAAAUAGAUAAUAUAGAUAAAAUAAGAUAACAAAAAAAAACACAAUUAAAAGAGAAUAGAACAAAAUAGAUAAAGAUAAAUACUCAAAAAAGUAAGCGGGAGGUAGGAAGCAGCAUGAUGAGAGUAGGCAGGAAGCAGCAACAUGAAGUCCAGAGUGCAAGUUUGCUAUAGCAGCAUGAUAAUGUAAAUUAGAGCAGUAAAAGAUAAAGUGUCUCAGUGCGGUUUAAAGUGACAGUGUUUGUAAACAGUAAUUUGUCCUUGUGUGUCAGUGCAGUGUGUUGUUAGGUGGAGUUUAAGAGUCUUACAGCUUCCGGAAUGAAGCUGUUUCUGAGUCUGGUUGUUUUGCGCUUGAUGCUCUGCAGCCUCCUGCCUGAGGGUAGCGGGACAGGAAGUGUUUGUGCUGGGUGGGUGGGAUCCUUCCUGAUGCAGGUGGCCCUUUUCCUGCAUCUGGAGGUGUAGCUGUCUGUGGUGCUGGGGAAGCUGACUCCAACAAUCUUCUGUGCAGCCUUCACCCCCCUCUGCAGAGCUUUCCUAUCUGCAGCAGAGCAGCUUCCAUGCCACACGAUGCUGGAGCUUGAUGCUGGAGCACACAACGCUCUCCACCACACAUCUGUAAAAGCAGGUGUGGACUGCGCUCCCGAGUCCAGCUCGUCUCAGCCUCCUGAGGAAGUAGAGCCGCUGAUGUGCCUUCCUGACCAGAGUGGAAGUGUUGUUGCUCCAGGUGAGGUUGCUGCUCAGGUGCACAGCCAAGUACCUGUAGCUGUCGACCACUUCCACCGCAGAUCCUCCUGCAAGGAGAGGUGGGCAUGCUGACCCCUUCUGAAGUCGACAAUUAUCUCCUUUGUCUUCUUUACGUUGAUGCAGAGGUUGUUAUCGGUAGUCAUUCAGACCUGUCACUGCAGAGCUCUUGGGGACCGGGAUGAUGGUGGCAGUCUUCAGGCAAGUGGGUGGAGGCGUUGAAGGUGUCCGCCCGGACGUCCGAGAGCUGGUCUGCGCCGUCUCGUAGUACCCGUGCAACAUUGGAUUUGUAGUCUGUGAUGCACUUGAUGCCCCUCCAUGCUCUGUGGAUACUGGGAGGAAAAGUGUCCCUGGAUUUUCUGAGCAUAUGCAGCUUUUGCCCUCUUAACUCCAACAGUCAGCUCUCUUCUAGCCCUCCUGUGUUCAUCGGGGUCACCAGACCUGAAGGCAGCAUCCCUGGCUUUCAGCAGAGAAUGCACCUCUGCGUUCAGCCAGGGCUUGUUGGGGUAGCAAGUCACAGUCUUGGUGGCGGUGACAUCCUCCACACACUUGCUGAUGUACCCGAGAACAGUAGAUGUGUAUUCCUCCAGAUCCAGCUCCCCCUCCGUCUCAGCAGCCUCCCUGAAGACCUGCCAGUCUGUGCAGCCGAAGCAGUACUGCAGCACAGCGUCGCCGUCACUGGGCCACACAGUGAUGGUCUUCUGUGUGGGUUUGGAGCAUCACAGCGGGGGGUGGGGACCAGCAUGAUGGAGAUGUGUUCGGAAAGCCCGAGGUGAGGGCGGGGGAAGGCUCUGUACACGUCCCU